AUGAGGAGACCUCGCUGUGGCGUCCCAGAUCAUCCUCACACCAGCCGCCGGCAGAGGAAUAAACGCUACGCUCUGACAGGGCAGAAGUGGAGAGAUAAAAAGAUCUCCUACAGGUAGUCUGCCUUCACCCCUAAAGUGGGAGAGAAGGACACACAGAGAGCGAUUCGACAAGCCUUCAACGUGUGGCAGGCCGUCACACCGCUCUCCUUCCAGGAGGUGCCAUACUCAGAGAUCAAGAACGAGGGGAAGGAGGCGGACAUCAUGAUCUUCUUUGCUUCUGGUUUCCAUGGUGAUAGCUCACCCUUCGAUGGAGAGGGGGGUUUCCUGGCCCACGCCUACUUCCCCGGCGCCGGCAUCGGAGGAGACACCCAUUUUGACUCUGACGAACCCUGGACGCUGGGAAACGCCAACCAUGAUGGUAAUGAUUUGUUCCUGGUGGCGGUGCACGAGCUGGGCCAUGCACUGGGUUUGGAGCACUCCAACGACCCCAGCGCCAUCAUGGCUCCGUUCUACCAGUACAUGGACACACACAACUUCAAACUGCCUCUGGACGACCUGCAGGGCAUACAGAAGAUCUACGGAAUCCCCACAGCCAUGCUGGAGCCCACCAGGCCGUUACCCACCUUACCUUCCCGACGGACACACUCCACCUCUGAGCGCAAGCAUGACCGCCACUCCCGUCCGGCGCGGCCAGGACCCGGCGACCGGCCUGCACUGCCUGGAAAUGGCAAACCCAACAUCUGCGAUGGCAACUUCAACACCGUGGCCUUCUUCAGACGGGAGAUGUUCGUCUUCAAGGACCGGUGGUUUUGGCGUCUGAGGAACAACAAGGUGCAGGAGGGUUACCCCAUGCAGAUUGAUCAGUUCUGGAAAGGCCUGCCGCCUCGCAUCGACGCUGCCUACGAGAGAUCUGAUGGCAAAUUUGUCUUCUUCAAAGGUGAUAAGUACUGGGUGUUUAAAGAAGUCACGGCCGAGCCAGGAUACCCUCACAGCCUGCUGGAGCUGGGCAGCUGCCUCCCCAAAGACGGCAUCGACACAGCACUGCGCUGGGAGCCAGUGGGGAAAACGUACUUCUUCAAAGGGGACCAGUACUGGCGUUUCAAUGAAGAGAAACGCACCACAGACCCAGGAUACCCCAAACCCAUCACUGUGUGGAAGGGAAUACCGGACUCACCGCAGGGCGCCUUCAUCAGCAAAGAGGGAUACUACACCUACUUCUACAAGGGCAAGGAGUACUGGAAGUUUGACAACCAGAAGUUGACGGUGGAACCCGAAUAUCCGAAGUCCAUCUUGCAUGACUGGAUGGGCUGCGAUCAGUCUGACAUGGAGCGCUCUGGAGGCAAUGGUAACCGCGGAGAUCGCCAGCUUCCCCUUGACGACGUGGACAUCAUGGUGACCAUCAACGAUGUCCCGACAACUGUCAAUGCCAUCGCCGUGGUGAUCCCCUGCAUCCUGUCACUGUGCAUCCUGGUGCUCGUAUACACGAUUUUCCAGUUUAAAAACAAAGGAGCGCAGCAGAACACCAUGACACAGCACUACCACAAAUACCCCGUCCAGGAGUGGGUAUGACAGGCACCUGCCUUUAAAAUAGUCAGAGUUCAUGGAUUGAGUGGUCAUCAUAUUGUUAGCUAGCUAAUGUUGGCUAAUGGCCAAGAACACAAAGCCAGUGCUGAAAGAUGCUCAUUUGCUAGCUAGUGACGAAUGCUACAAGAAGUGCACACACUGAGAAUGUUUUGUGGGACUAGAUUUAGGCUUCAGCUCAGAGUGCACGAGACUUAAAAGGAAAACAGAAAGGUUACUAACUUUGUCUUUUUUAAGGAUGCUUAGAGUUAAAAUGGCUGACACUAGUGAGAACAAGUCCACAAACACUCCAGCAGGAUCCAAUUGGUUAAGGACACAUAAACGGCAGAUUUUUCAGUCUUGCACACCAGACACGCAAGUUCUUCAGCUGAGUGAAACUGGGUUUUAUGAGUGGUACUGGACUUUGACUAUUCUUCUCUUCUGGGACCUACAACACACAACUCAGUGAAAAAAGAAAGGGGAGCAGAAUAUGCCACCUCCGAGUUUGUUCUAACAGCUUGUACUUCUUCAAUUAUUAAAAUCUGAUGAAAUUUAAUGGGAAAAAAUGGUUUAAAAUAUCAAACUUGAAAACUGUAGGUAGUAAGGCCAUAACAAAAAGAAAACCAAACAUCUCUGUGGAUCACUGAAUUUAGUUUAUUUUCAGUUGUGUGGAGAUGUAAAACUGUCAAAAAGGACCUUUUCUCUCUCUUUUCACCACACACAACAAAAGCAUCCUAAUCACCACUAGCUCAGACCUUUGUCAGCUUAAAGCUCCUUCAGCUAGUCACACAAAAACAUCUGAUUCACACAGACUGGACUGACUGGUUUAGUAAAUAUAGAACAGCCAGUCAUCAGCGUAUGAUAGAACAGCCCUGCACACAACCAGGGCUUGUAUUUAUCAAACUGCUAAAAAUGACAGUUUGACUUGAAGUGAAAGAUAAAACUGAAAAUCACUUUUACUCCUAUUUAGGAGCUUAAGAAUAAAAGCUAUUUACCUGAUUUCUUCCAUCUUAAUCACUUAAGGGAGUUUGGGAGGUGAUGAGUUGAUUAGGUUUACAAAACAGGGUAGGCAAAGGUGGGGUCACACUUCCUGAGACAUUUUAGUGAAUGUGCAAAAUAUAAUAACAGGUCAUGAAGAAAGUUGCAUCAGCUGAAGCCCUGUAAUUUAGGAAAAGCACAGUUUUAACCUACUAUUAGCUUUAUGUUCAGACAUAACAUGAUGAUGUUACAUCACUUCCUCUACUGGAAUUUUUCAGCCACUUUCUUUUUUCUUAUUUAUUAUAAAUAUGUUAGAUUGUUGUUUCGUAAGAUGUCAAGGAUUUCACACAAACACAAUGAACCUACAUAUGUUUGUAUAGAAUAAUACGUCACUGACUAAACAGUUGUUAAAAGAGCAAACUGGACGACAGAUGUAGGGUGAAUCCUUGUUGGAUUGGCUGAUCCUGAUCACCUGAGGGCUGCUCUUAAAUGUUACUCUUGCACUUUGUUGUAAGUUGCUUCAUAAAUAUCUUAAUGUUCCCACGUAGCAAAGAAUUAUUUUAAAUCCUGAAGCAGCUCGUUUGAGCAUUUUAAUUGUGCUUCUUAGCAGUUUGAUAAUUAUGGUCCCAGAGCUGAACCAAUUAGAUUGUUCUUCUCACCUUUGUAGGGAAGCUUCUCAAGAUGUGAAAGAAUUAAAGUGCAAAUAGAAAGCAAAGGGGCAUAAAUUCAGACCAAAGCACGGUCUGCACAGAGAAUACACAGUGUGUAUUAGUACGCUGGCGACAUCGACAGAGCUUAAUGAAGUGCUUCUGUUCACAAAGCUCUAAUUGGAGCUACUCGCCCUCUACAUCCCUCACUUUAAUCCCACUGUCCUCCUUCUGUCUUUUCUCACUGUCCUCUUGUAAUUCUCCCCGUCCAUCUGGCCUCGUCUCUGCGACAGUUCGCUCUCUCUCAGCUUUUCCCCCUUUACCUCCUCCUCUGUCCAUCUGUGCUGCUCUCCUCUAUACUUGUCUUUCUUUACAUCAUCUGUAUCCAGUAUAUCUGACACCCCGGGCUCCUUGUCCGCGUUCAGUCAAUGUCAUGUACAACCAUAAUCUGGCUGCUUUCAUGUUUGAUUCAUGCUGCUUCUCCUGUCACUGUGGAGCUUGUCAUUCAUCUCCAGUUUAGUCAGAAGUGCCAAAGUUUCUUAUUGUCUUUGGCUCUAAAUCAUUGACUUGGUUUCCUCAACAAAGACAGAUAAGACUUGUGGUAUUUAUUUAUCUAUUUAUUUAUUGAGUAAAUAGGAGCAUAAGCUGCGUAGCAGCAUGUUUGGCUUUAAACAAGUUGUGAAGGAAAGUGAGCUAAGACGUUUGAAGUGCUCAGUCACCUCCAGCCUUUACAGGAUGGAUCAUUUAUAGGUUCCUCUAUAUGCAUGUCAGUUGUCAGUGAGAGAAGACUUGUCAUUUAUAUCAGUUUAGUAACUUAAAAUACAACAACCUGCAACAGGCGGCGCUCUUUAUGUAAACUAGACUAAAGAAGACCAGUUUUGUCUCAGGCAUGGUCACGUUUACAGGCUCAGCAUAGGCAGAAGUUGGAAAAGGUUCUGGUGCAGUUUGCUGCAGUGGCAGGUUUCUUCUGGACGUGUUCGACAGCUGCCGUCCAGGAUGCCAACACGCAGACUUGCUGUUUUCCACUUUGAUAAUACUUUUCCAGGUGACGUGUACAGGGAGCGAUGCACACACAAGAGGAAUGCGACACUCAGACCUUCGCUCUUUUCCCAGCAGCACUGCAGUUGCUUUAUUUAAAUACACAAGCUGCUCAUUUGAAUGUCAUUAACUCUCUAAAGUGAAUCGUAAUGAAUCAUUCAGUGGACAUUCAACUCCCCAGAGGGUUUUCGGAGUCCCCCAUCCAUGACCUCCCACCUCAGGCUGGAAAUCAUCCUCACUGAGUCGCGGUUUAUCCCACUGUCUGUGUGAAUCUGGGGGUUACAGCUGAGGAUUUAAUGGGGGGUGGGAAGAGAUUAUGAACCCUUAAAAUGCAUCUUAAUCGUGUUUUUAAGGGUUUGGAAUGAUACAUAUGCAGAAGAAUAACGAUGCAGACGGGUGCGGUCUUUCCACAUCAUUUUAAAAACUGCUUGAGACUCCACACAUCUGCCAGGGAACAUAAUGUCUGCCUCCCUCUCCCCUUGUUCUCCCUAUACAGCUUUGUACCUCAUUCACUAAGCUCUCUGUCCUGCAGUAAUUGAAUGUGUUCAUGCCGCAUAUCCUUGCAAUUACUUGCUGCUGUCGAGAGCCAUUCAGCGCACGCAGCAUUCGGCACAAAUCGAUGUGGUUCAAUAUCCUACAGCGCAAUUUGGACUCGGUGGAGAAACGUAUUUGUUUUUGGAGGGUGUACAAUAAACAUGGAACAAGACAUUGUGCUUCUUUUCACCUGUAAGUUUGUUCACAGCGUACAGCCUGCGUCUGCCGAGAGGGGCCACUCGGGCUGUUAAAACAUGAAUGUGGAGCCAAAGAAAAUUGGGUAUUAGACCAAGCUUGUCUUCACUUUGUGCUUUUCAGUAACAAUUUAACAGGAGACAUCCAGCAUCUGAGUUCGGUAAAGGCUCAGUAUCAGUUGACCUGAUUAAUUGUGUUUCAUAAAAUAGCCACUGAUGAAGCCAGCGUGCGCUCGCAUUGUUUUACCUGACCAACAGGUCAAAACCUGACAAUCUUCAUUUUACUGUCAUAUCAGACACUAAAUGGCAGAAAAUCACAUUUGAGAAGCUGGAACCAACAGCAUUUCAGCUCAAGUGUCGUAUUAUUAUUAUUAACAUGUACAUAAUGUGAAUAUUAUCACUGGUGGAAAAGUCCUAACAAAGUUUGAGUCUUCUUCCUGAAUUGGUUGGAAUCAAGCAUCCAGUGGUGUUUACUCUGUUCAGAUGACUGAAGUUGUAGCUAAUGACCAGAUUAUUAGAAAGCCUGUGUCUUAAUGGACAGAAAAGUGGAAUUAGCCUGUAAACCUGACCUUCCCGUGGGCUUAUUGAUCAUGACAUCGAGUGCUGUAGCCAUUCAUUGUUCAGAAAUGCCUGAGCUUUUGAUACUUGUUGAUUGUCUUCCUUAAUUUUCUGGGGAAAACACUGCAGGUCAACCUAACUUUUUAUGUGAUUUAUUUCCCAGCUGAAACUUUUCUUGGUGAAACCCGCUUCAGGUUUUCUGCUUUUGUGCAGCUCUUAGACAAAGCAGGCGAGAAGAGGGUAGAUGUUUGGUCCUUGAGCUUGUUAAGGCGUCUCCACUUUUGAAUAGAGCUCCAGGCUGGUUUCAGGUCGUCAUCGGUCGAUUGUUUGGUUACACUGUGAUUUAACCUGAUGUGAACGGAGAUUUGUAGCUGUGUAUCAGUGUGUUUUCCCUAAGGGGGGAACAUUUCAUCGAGCUAACAAGGGUUUCCACCCGACUUCAACACCCCUAAUUCAUCACUCUCAUUCUCGUCGUCACUGUUGUUCUCUUUCAUAAUAAAGUUGGAGCUGUUGCUGACGAGAACUGAGGGUUUAUCACUAGCUCGAGUUCAGGCACUGUUGGUCCUAACGGUAGCAGACUCCUCCUCACAAGACACCGAGUCGCUGCACUGAUGCAAUCGGGGAUUAAGUGCCUUGCUCCAGGGCACGUCGGCGGAUGCUGAUGCUGAGAGUUGGCUCCUCAUGCUGAUUUUCACAGAGCUUCUCAGGGCGCUGAACCCAGCAGCUGUCUGCUUGUUGCCUGGUUUUGUUUUGAGUGUUUGCUGUGACCGGCCCCAUGUUGCUCUGACGGUGAAUGACUCCUGUUCUCACAUCAUCCUCAUCAGGUUAUAGAGUAAAAGCUCAGCUAGUGGAGGUUUGUUGGAUCACUACGAGGGGGUGGUGAACAGGUCAAACCUUUUCCAUCAUAUUUUAGCUAGAACACCAUGAUCUGCACACUGGACACGUUUAGACCAUGUGUCCCGUAGACACACCACCUCCUCUCUUCCUCUGGGACAAACGCCUAAAACUGUGUAAAUAUUUACUGAGAUUUACAGAAGAAUAGCAGUUUACAAAAGUACAGUGUAUUUCAGCGGAUGUCUGUGGCAAUGGAAGAAGGAUACUCGGAAGAAAACGUACUGUAGUGAAUGCAUUGUCGCUUAUUCAGAUUACUUAUGAAACACACAAAGACAAACUCUAUGUACAUGAGAUUUUAGAGCGGUGGUAGACGCCCUCUGUCUACUGCUCCUCUGGUUGAAACCUGUUUGUUCUACUUGUCACAGAGGACAAACGUCCUCUGAAAUUUUGCCUCUUUUCUGGAUAUUGUAUGCAGACCUGGGACCAACUGGAACGUGCUUUAUUUCUUCUGGUAGUUUUGGAUUUGUCUGCCUCAGAGUCCACACCUGCCCCAGCCCAGUCCUCGUCUCUUUCAGCGUCCGUCUGUGGCCAUUUCUCAUUGUUUACUGUGUCCAUGGUGGGGCAUUACCUUCCAUUUAAAACAGGAAGGAUGGUUGGCAGAUAACUUCUUGAAACCACAGGGGAAAGGACACAACUCUAAGAAACACUGAGAGGUUUCAGAUUAGCUUCAGGGUUUCCUGAGGACAGGAGCAGAGCAGCUGAUCUCCAGCUCGGUGUCCGUUUGUCCCAGGUCUGCUGGCGCUGGACAACAGUGAGUUGCCUUUAAAGCCAGACUUAGUUAUCUGAUUGCUCCAAAACAGCGGGGACACUUUCCAGAGGUUGUGCAUCUGCAUUACAGUCAUUACAGUCAAAGCAAUACAGUGAAACUAGAGAUUUGUCUUAAACAGAGGUAGUGGGCAGCAGAGCUGCUCGGUAGUGCUUCAUUUUACAGGCCCUAUAGUUGCCUAAUAAUCUCCUAGAGAUGAACUGAUAUGUAAUUUACACUCUGUUAAUUCCUGUUUGAUUUGUGCAAUCAGCAGACGGGCAGCAUUAUAUAAUAUGAAACACAAGGAAAUAAAACAAUACAAUGAAAACAGAACACGACAUCUGAAGUGUAUAGAGUAACUACAGGGUGGUGUGGGCACCGUACUGGGGGGGAACAGGAGCCCAACAGCAAAUGUUUCAUUAACUCAGACUCAUAAAGUUUAAAAUUAUAGAUAGAGAUAAACCUUGGAAUGUCUUUCACUCUGAACAAAGGCUGAGGAUUUUCUCCCCUGCUCUUCGUUUCCAUGGGAAGACACGGACAUUAUGAACAGGAGAACAGAUAACGGCGACAAAAACCUAGUUUAAUAUUCACAUGGGCACCUGACAGACGUGCAGACAUGGCAAACUUCUGUAAGACAUUAUUGAACUGGAAAAAGGAAAGCGAAUGUGGCUAUGCUACGAUUUUAAGGCUAAUUUGGCCUUGUGUUAAUUUAGCCUGCAUCACAAAACAUCCUACAAACUGCCCACAAGUUGCUCAGUCACUGGUUCUUCUGGUCCACCCACUGAUAUGAAACUCAGAUUUAUUUCCAGAUGACACAGCUUUUAGUGCCUCAGUCCAAAUAGAAGUACAACCAGUACAAACCUGCCUCUGGUAGAUGUUCCUGCUGGUUCGGAGCAUGGCUUCAUGUGGCUAGGUCUUCCUUUAACUUGCCUUUAGCUUCUAAUGUUCUCUUUUCUUAAACUAAUAUAUGUAGGUGAAUGAAAACAUAUCACAAGUAGUGUGGGCAGACUUACUGCAGUAAACACGUGCUGAAGUUCUUUGGGUAAUAUCACAACAGCUAGUACUUCUAGGGAGAUUUUAUCAGCUAUAGCUUUAAGAAAGACUCUGUUCAGUUUGUUUUUCUUACAAAGAAAAAGAUUUUCUGUAAAUACAGAUUGAGGUUUUUUUUGGUUUUGGGUUUUUUGACUAAAUGGGUUGAUUAUAAAAUCAAAAUGAAAAAAAUUGGACCUUGGCUCACUCCUUUACCUGCAAAAUGA